CGAACCUAUGAAAGCGCAGUAACACAAUAGAGGUUUUAUCGGGUUGCAGGGCUGGUGUGAUGCCACCAGUAGUUUGCCUUUGUUUGGCGCGUUUCCUGACAUGUGACGAGCUACUUACAGUGACAGGCCGCAGCAAUGAUUCAGCCGCCCUUACCCACCGCACUGUGCUACAUCAACCAAACAUUUCCCYACUCGCUCAAUCCAAAGAUACAGAUUUGUUCGGAUUCGACACAGAAGAACCAAGGUGGUAUAAAAUAACRCAAGCUAAUGAAAAUGGCCACUUGUACACCAGUCAGGCCUUCACAGCUUGCUGCAACCAUGUAUGGAGAAUAUCCAAGAACCACAAUGACACCAGAACCGGUGCUUCGCAAGUGUACUCCCUUUUGUGACAAGAACAARGACUGCCCAGAGCACCAUGAACUUUUAGUAGCUAUAGUCAACUGUACAGAUAUGCUAGGUUCUUUAUCGAACCUUGACAGCUUAAAAGAAUGUGUUGAUAAAUAUAUAAAGAAGGGCUGGAAUAARGAUGAUGAUGUUCCAGAUCCAGUAAUAGAGAAUCGAUUUCCUUUGAUCCACUGGGCAGCGUCUUUGGGAAAAUGCAACGCACUGGAGUGGAUGUUGGCAAGUGGCUUUAAUCCCAUUGCUAAAUCAUCUGGUGUGGGAGAGACAGCACUUCACAGAGCAACAGCAUGGUUGUAUAAAUCAAGAGCAAAAUUCACAGUCAAAGAACUCACCCCAAAAUACAAUAAAAUGGUCAGUCUGUUGAAGGAAACACUGCAUGUCAAAGAUGAAGCUCAUGGCGAAACACCAUUACACACAGCUGCCGGAAUGCUAGUAAACGGUGAUCACAAACCCAACUUCUUUCAAACUUGUGUUGAGCUUAUUGUUAAACAAGCCAGGAAGAUGGGAGACCAAUGUCCAGGUAUACUUAAUGCUGUUAAUGAUGAUGGUGAUACAGCACUGCACAUUUUAUCGUGUGGUGAAAGACACAAGAUUGAGUUCUGCUGCCAGGCUAUUAGGACUCUUAUAAUGGCUGGUGCUGACAGAAGUAUCAGGAAUAACGUGGGAAAGACAUCAUUGGAUAUUGCAUUGGCACGAGGAACAGAAUCCAUUGUUGAAGAACUAAUCAAGGUAAUUGAUACAGGCGACAAUGGGCUAUUGUCUGGUCUCAACUCUGAAGACCCAGAUUCAUACUCGUAUAGUGCACUCGCCACCCCCUCCCCUCCUCUCAGUAAUAUAUCCAGGUCCAUAGAGAGCCCAAUGCAUCCAGGCAUCAGUGAUGAGGAAGAUGGUGGCUACCCUCACAUYGCACAUGUACAGUCUGUGAAGGUAGAGCCACUAGAGGAUGACCAAGACGUGGAAAAGCAAAUUAAGCAGAUGCAGGAAGAGCAAGCGUCAAGCAGCAGUAGUGAUGGCCACUUUAUUAAUGGCCUGGACAUGGUCGAUGGUUCUGGUCUACUCAAGCAUCUUUGCGAAGCAGGCUUACUUCAUGAUGUGUCUAGUCUAGUUGGCAAGGCACGGCUUAGAGAUGAAGGGAACCUGCGUAAAGUACAAGUUCAGGCAAAAGAAGUCGAUGCACAAAUCAACACCAAACUCAAGGAGAUAGACAGAAUGAAGCUGGAAGUCCAGUCCCUGAAAUUGAAAAGAAAGCGAUGUGACGAGGAGUGCGAGAGACUACGAAAAAGACUUCAGUCAUGYGUCAACGUCAUGAAGGAAAUCCCUAUGACCAUUUCUGAAAGCAGAGGUGAAAAACCUCAGGAAAAUGAUAAAGAAUCUUGAAUCUUUCUUUAAAAAUACUUGCAGAUAACUAAAAUUUUAUUUAGAAUUCAUUCAUCCUCUAUUUCAUUAUUGCCUAACGUCUGGCCAUCCAUUUGUUGUACUAAAGAUACACAGUUUAUGGUGUUURGUGAUGCCAGCUUCAUAAUAAAGUGUUGCUAAAAUAUAAAAUUUUUGAAAAGAGUUAAUUUUUUUCAAUGUUUCUGAUAAACAUUUCAUGAAAAGAGAAUGGACUGCAAAUGUUAGCAGUAUUUUCUUGUAUUAUAAGUAAGACUUUAACUUAACUAUUGCCUCUCUUCAUAUUUUGCUCAAAACAAACAAGCUUACAAAAUGAAAAUGCAUCACAAAUUACUUAAUGUCUACCUUCCUACGAUGCAGUAUGAUGCAAAAAURUCUUUUAAAAUCAUAAUUCCAGAUUAAAUCUUUCCAACCAGGAUAGAUUUUGGUUAUAUAUAUAACGAAUGAGAGUAAUUUCAGUUAAUUUGUUAAAUAAAUAAUAGUAGAUUUAAGUYUUCAAAGAUAUUCUGAGAGCUCCUUAAGUUAUGCAGAACCUUUACUCUGUGAGAUAUAGAGCCUCAGAGAUGUAGAGAGAUGCUGAUUUAAUACAUGUAUGUAUGUACCGAUGUAUAUAGAUCCACGAAAGGAAAAGUGAAAAAAUAUUAUGAAUAAGAGAACGGAAGGGAAUUGAAAAAGAACGUUACUUUAAAUUACUUGUAGUUUAUAUUUCUUAAAAUAUUUGAGGAUUAAUGAGUCUUUAGUUCCUCUGUAUUUAUGAAAAAAUCGUUACAAUAUUUGUACAUAGUACAAGAGUCAUUGAUUUCUGAAAGGAAGAGAGUGAGUAUAUAUGGCUACGGUUUAGUUCUACUGAUUAUUAUAUUCCACAUUUAUUGUGUGAAAUCCUAAGAUGGAGUCAUGACAAUAAAGAAGAUGUUGCACGGAUAYUGUA